AUGGGGGAAACCAACACAUUUUCAGUUCCCCACGAAAGGUCGCCCCUGAUGCCUGGGCAGCAGGAGGCUGGGGCUGAGGGUGAAGCUAUGCUUCAUUCUACUCCCGCGGACUCGUCAGCUCGAGAUGAGUCGAAGAGUAGCUGGUAUCUGUUUCUGCUCACCGUCUCUAUUGGGGGUCUUCAGGUAGUCUGGUCUGUGGAACUGUCCAAUGGAUCGCCAUUUCUUCUUUCUUUGGGCAUGAGCAAGGCCCUGCUUGCUUGCGUUUGGAUCGCUGGGCCUUUGACUGGCACAAUAGUCCAGCCUUAUAUCGGCAUUCGAAGCGAUAAUUGCCGAAUACCAUGGGGCAAGAGGAAACCAUUCAUGGUGGCUGGUGGUGCAGCAACUAUCGUAUCUUUACUCUUGCUUGCAUGGGUCAAGGAUAUUGUUGGUGGGCUUCUGUCAGUGUUCGGCGUUGACUCGAGCUCGAGUGGGACUAAGAUGACAAUCAUGAUUGUUGCGACGAUUAUGAUGUUCUGCCUCGACUUUGCGAUCAACACAGUGCAAGCUGGUAUUAGAGCUUUCAUUCUCGACAACUGUCCCACCCAUCAGCAGGAACUGGCAAAUGCAUGGGCAAGUCGGUGGACGGGAGUGGGCAAUAUCAUCGGCUACAUUUUCGGCUACAUGCAUCUACCGAAAUAUUUUCCAUUCUUCGGUAACACCCAAUUUAAGGUGCUUUGUGUAUUCGCUUCCAUCGCACUUGGCGUGACGUUGGCGGCCAGUUGUUUCUAUAUUAAAGAGCGAGAUCCCCGACUUGACGGUCCGCCACCCCCAGGCGGACUUGGAGUCGUCGCUUUCUUCAAACAGAUAUUCAAAUCUAUACGCACUCUACCCCCGCAGAUUGCGCGAGUAUGUGAAGUCCAGAUCGCGGCUUGGGUGGGCUGGUUCCCCUUCCUAUUCUACGCUACCACCUACAUCGGGCAGCUCUAUGUGAAUCCGAUAUUCGAAGAAAACCCUCAUCUCCCCGCGGAUCAGGUUGACAAGGCAUGGGAAGAUGCCACACGCAUCGGAACAUUUGCUUUGCUCAUUUAUGCUGUCAUAUCUUUCACCGCAAACACCGUCCUUCCGAUAUUUGUUGUUCCCACCUACCAACCCGCUGUCGAAGUCAUCGCACAGCAAGACGACCGAGAUGUUUCCCUUGAUGACGAAGAUGAGCGCUCUCGGAGAAUAUCGAUCUCUGCGAUGCCGACUGGAAUGGCAUCGGAGCCACUUUUGGAUACACCAUCGGGCAAGAAAAUGGACGCAGAAAAACCAACCUGGCUCACGCGCUUGCAGAUCCCUGGUCUGACUCUUCGACGCACGUGGCUUCUAUCGCACAUUUUAUUUGCGAUAUGCACAUUUAGUACACUUUUCAUCUCAUCCUAUCAGGCCGGCUCCAUUGCCAUUGGUUUCAUUGGAGUUUCAUGGGCAGUGACUCUCUGGGCCCCGUUUGCCCUCAUCUCAGCAGAGGUUUCCCGUAUCGAUCUUGAACGACGGCUGCGCCGCCGGAACGCAGCCAGCACCGACGGACAUCCGGUUUUUGCUCCGGUGCCCAAUACAACAUCCAACUCCUAUGCACCGGUCUCCGUUGAGGACGAAGAUGAUCAUCAGGAUGACCACAAUGCCAGUGCUGACGAUCUCGAGGAGGGCCGCUCUAAAGCAUCGGCUGAUGCUGAUUCAGACAACUUGAUCCAAGCUGGCAUUGUUCUGGGCCUCCAUAAUGUGGCCAUUUCAUUCCCCCAGAUAUUUUCCAGCCUUAUCUGCAGUGCUAUAUUUAAGGCUGCUCAGAAACCGCGCGGUGAGCCCUGGGAUGAUAGUGUUGGCUGGGUGUUGCGGUUUGGCGGAUGUGCUGCGUUGGUAGCGGCAUUGUUAACUAAGCGAUUAGCUGAGGGUACACGGUGA